UUUAUGUUGCGGGAUUCAGCAGCACAUGUUUGCAUUGUAGUUUUGUGUUCCUCACUGUCCUUUCUGACUGACUAAUUCAGCGCGUUUUCCAGCAGAGCUCAUUGUGAGAUCACAGGUCGAGAGGAUGACAGCUCGAGUGUACUGCUCGUUGAGUGUCGUUUUAUUGUGCCUGUCUGCAUGUUUGUGCACAACACAAGUCGCAGCAAAGCCAGGAGAGUGUCCAAGCUCCAAAACUGGAGGAGGAAAUUGUGCCAAGUUGUGUUACUAUGACAGUGACUGUCCGGACAAUGAGAAAUGUUGCAGCAAUGGAUGUGGACGUCAGUGUAUGGCUCCAUAUACAGUGAAGCCUGCGGCCGAGCCGCCAAAGCCUGCAGUGAAGCCUGCGGCCGAGCCGCCAAAGCCUGCAGUGAAGCCUGCGGCCGAGCCGCCAAAGCCUGCAGUGAAGCCUGCGGCCGAGCCUCCAAAUCCUGCGGCCGAGCCGCCAAAGCCUGCAGUGAAGCCUGCGGCCGAGCCGCCAAAGCCUGCAGUGAAGCCUGCGGCCGAGCCUCCAAAUCCUGCGGCCGAGCCGCCAAAGCCUGCAGUGAAGCCUGCGGCCGAGCCGCCAAAGCCUGCAGUGAAGCCUGCGGCCGAGCCGCCAAAGCCUGCAGUGAAGCCUGCGGCCGAGCCGCCAAAGCCUGCAGUGAAGCCUGCGGCCGAGCCGCCAAAGCCUGCAGUGAAGCCUGCGGCCGAGCCGCCAAAGCCUGCAGCCGAAAAGCCGUGA